GGGAAAUUUAGGAAUACAAUCUUUUUACCGUAGUGAUGCCAUACAAAGUCUAUAUAUACGUGCGUUUUAAUAACACUUCGUUUUAGUUCACCUUAGCUAUAUCAAGUGAGCUUUUCUGAUCACUUCUCUUGUCCGUUCGUCCGUCUGUCCGUAACCUUUACACUUUGUUAAUUUCUUCUCCAGAACCACUAAGCCAAUUUCAACCAGAUUUGUCAUAAAACAUAAUUGUGUAAAGGGGAUUCAAUUAUGUUAAAAUUAUUCAGUUGAUUGAUGAUACCCUUUCAAAGGAAUAGUGAAAAUAUGGUGGCAUUUGUAAAAAUAAAAUCUUCUCAAGAGCCAAUCUAAUUAAAAUUAGAUCCUUUGAUCCGCUCACUUGUGUAGCGAUAUACGUGAGCGGAUCAAAGGAUCUAAUUUUUAUUAGAUUGCUCAAGAACCAUCCCACCAGAAACGACGAAAUUUAUGUGAGAGCUUCCACGGAGCAUGUAGAAUCAAAUUAGGUCAAAUCAUGGCUCCCGAUGGUAAGCUGGCACCACAAUAAGGGAUCAAAGAUUAAUUAGGAAUAUAUAAGGGGAAAUAUUUUCACAUCUUCUCAAGAACAACAGGCCUUGAUCAGUUAUAUUUAAGAUAUGACAGCAUCUGCUGAUUAUCCGGCUUUAAGUUUGCUCAAACCACGGCCACGGGGGUAGGGUGGUGCCAUAAUAGAAGAUCAAAGCUAUAGGGGGAACUUUAUAAAAAAAAUCUCAAGAGCAUUGGGGGCCAUGAUUAGCCAUAAAAAUAAGUAGUGAAGAGUCAAUCUUGUGUAAUUUGUGACUCCCAGAGGUUGGAUGUGGCCACAAUAGGGCAUGCAAGUUUUACAUGGGAAUAUAAAUUAAAGUCUUUUAAAAUUUCCUUUUUAUGAACAGCUAAGUCAUGAUUAGUCAUGUCAAUAGGCUCACAUCCUCAGGUAGUGCAGAUUCGUGGUUUUAAAUCAAUACCCUAAAGGGUAGGUGGGACCACAAUAGGGGCUAUAUUGGGAGUUAAACAUGGGAAUAUAUAGCAAAAACUUUGUUUUCUCCAUAUGAGUAGCGGGGGCCUGAUUAGUGAUUGAUUUGCAAGUAUCUUCUGGUAGUUCAAAUUCUAGUUUGUAAAUAAAUCCUGACCUCAGGGGGAGGUGGGAGGUAUAGAAUGGGGCCUCAGUAUAGGAGGACCAAAGUUUGACAUAAGAAUAAAUCUUUAAAAAAUUCAUCUCAAGCGCAGCACGGCCAGGAUUAGUCAUAUCAGUAUGCAAGCAUCCCCAAGCAGUGCAGGGACAGACUUCAAACCAAUGCCCUGGGGUAGGUUUGGGCCACGAUGCAGAUUUAAAAAGAAUGUAUAGAGUUAAAUUUUAAAAUCUCUUUCUUUAAAAUAAAAAUAUAGGUUAGAGUGAGGCUAAUGGGGAUAACAUUUUACACGUGAAUAUAAAGGAAUAUAGGGCAUCACUAUGUUGUGUAGAUUCAAGUUGGGUUAACAUAACCGCGUUUGGCUUUUGUGGGGUCAUAUUAUGGGGUAAAUUUUUUUUAUGAAAGUAAAGAGAAUAAAAAAAACCCUUUAAAAUCUACUGAUGAAGAACAUUAGGAUAAGAUUUACUCAGGUGAGCGUUGUGGCCAAUCGACCUCUUGUUUGAGCUAAGCGAAAUAUAGACUGAAUCAAAAUAUUUCAAUAAAUGUAUAAAAAAAAAUAUAUAAAAAAAAAAAAAAAAAUAAAAAAAAUUGUGAUGUGCUAAAAAAAGUAGAAACGCGCGCUACUCCAGAAAACCCCAGGGGAGGCGUCAACCUCUAUCAUUGUUCCCGGGGUUCCAACUUAUAAUAGGGAUAAGGUUUAAUACUUCAAAACUGAAAAUGAAUAAAAAAAAGAGACAAAAUAUGUAUUUUUCACCAUUCCCAGCGAUCCAUGUUUGUGAAAUUUUAACUUUGACUGGAAGUAGUGUAUUUAUUCGGACUGUCCUCUUCACCAAACACGGAAGUACACAGAAUUAUCAAAUAUCCUCAAACUAAACGACGUUUCACUCUUCAGAUUUAAAAACGUUUACCUGUGUAAAAAGGAAUCAUUGUUUGAGCGUAUCCGUGAUAUUGAUUCCUGGAGUUUUGUAUCUCAAAAAUCAAAUAUUUGCAAAAGUUAUUCGCAUUUCGGCGUUCUUCAAAAAACGUCAAGAUCUUUUCAUAUACGAUUUUUGGUCGACUUUUGUUUUUAACUUUAAUUCUCGAGCAGCUGUUGGGAAUUUGUUUAAACUUCGCUCUUCUGAAGAGUUUAAAUCGACACGACACGGUUAAAACUGUCCUCCGGAGCACAAUAAAAACACCAGUAAUGAAUUAGUUUAACAGAGAGCAAUUCAUUAUACAAAUGUUGGCACAGUGGUCAUUUAUGUAUCGUAUGUAAAUUUCGACAAGUGUUAGUACACACAGCGACAGAUAACUACUAACAACAGAGAAAUGUUCAGAGCUCACUUGAUAAAAAGAGGACUGUAAUGCUAGUAAAUCCAUCGACAAAUAAAACACAACGAUUCGGGUUUCUUAAGUAUAGUUCUUUACGACCGACUGGGCAUUCCUUUCGUGUCCUUGGAACGAGACGAAUACAGUGCAUAUUUGACAUGAAGGAUAUUUCGAUGUCUUUGACAAGAUCAAGAAUUAAGACUCCUCGCCCGAAAACGGGGAGGACGAGGAGAAUUAAAAAUGACCAAGAGGAGAAUCCGGAACCUAUCAUGAAAGAAAAGAGUGACCACAAAUUGGCGAAAGACAAGAAAGACCAACACAAAGACAAACACCCGCAUCCUGAGGACCAUCAUCAUAAGACCUCUCACCAUGGUGACGGUCAUGGAAAAGGCGCAAAUACGAGUCCUGCGCACGCGUCGUUCACCGGACGUCAAAGAUCUCUCUCUCACAGAGACACUUCGCAUUCUAUUUCUUCCAGCAAAGGCCAUGCAAAACAUCCGUCGAAGGACCACGAUCGGCACAGCGUGGCCACCUCUGGAGACCAAUUACCACAAGUAGAUGUUAAGUACGAAAACACCUACAAAAUGAACCCCGAUGUCAAAUUCAGAGAAUCCUCUAUACGCAAAAUCAUCUCGGAUGUCUUAGACGAAAAUAUUAAAUCCAUUAAGACUUAUGAUUCUUCAGUAUUAGGAGGCAAAUGCAAAUUAGCCUGUGAUGUCAUAAAAGAGAGAGUGAAGCACUUGAGCAUUACUCGAUAUAAGAUCAUAGCCUCCGUGAUCGCAGCUCAGAAGGGAAGUCAGAGCAUGAUGGUGACAUCUCGGUGUCUGUGGGAUCAAAAGAACGAUAACUAUGUUACUGUCAAAGUGGAACUGGGUGAAUUCUAUGUUAUAGGAACAGUUUAUGUAGUUUAUGCAGAAUAAUGUGUUCAUCUAGAUUACAUCGCUUGAUAGACUUUAACUUUGCUUGUAUUUAUUGAAAGUGCUAUAUUAAAAAUUAUAUUUUGUUUUAAUGUUUGAAAAUGAUGACGACGAAGAAAGCAUUAAUUAAAAUGUUUCAGAUAUA